GCACACCCCAUUCUGAUGGUGUCACGCUGUUCCGUGUACCGUCACAAUGGAUUGAGGAAAAGGAGAAUAGCAGCAGCCAAUCAGAAUGCUCGAUCGGAGGCUGCUUCGCCUCUGGUCCUCCCUCCCUCCUUUCUUCACUCAGCUCCCAGAGAUGACCUGCAGAGGAGGAGGAGGGAGGAGGGGGAGGGCUCAAACCUGCGGCGGGUCGAAGUGAUAAAUACGCGGGAGAUUGGGGUGUCCGCAAGCAUGUCCUCUGCGGUGGGGGCCCAGGCUCCGGUCCCCGAGGGCUCCCCUGGCUCUCCACGGCUGCUCCUGGAGCCGCUCGGCUGUGCGCUGCUGCUGCCGCCUCUGCUGCUGCUGCUGCUCCUGGCUCUGGCCUGGGGGCUUCUGCUAGUUCGCCGGCGCGGGGUGCCCCCGGGUCCCCGGCCUUGGCCGCUGGUGGGGAACCUGGGCUUCAUGCUGCUGCCUGCGGUGUUCAAGAGGUGCAUCUGGUCGCUGCUGCGGCUGCAACGCUGCGCCCCCAGGCCCCGGGACCCUAGCCGGUACAGCUCGCAGGUGGUCCUGGAGUAUCUGUCCCGACUGUAUGGCCCCAUCUUCAGCUUCUACCUGGGACCCUACCUGGUGGUGGUCCUCAGCGACUUCCAUAGCGUGCGCGAGGCGCUUGUACAGCAAGGCGAGGUGUUCAGCGACCGGCCCCGGUUGCCACUCAUCUCUGUCUUUACCAAGGAGAAGGGCAUCGUGUUUGCACAUUAUGGUCCAAUCUGGCGACAACAGCGGAAGUUCUCCCACUCAACCCUUCGUCAUUUUGGACUGGGAAAGCUCAGCCUGGAGCCCAAAAUUAUUGAGGAGUUUAAGUAUGUCAAGGAGGAAAUUCAGAAACAUGGAGGAAACCCCUUCAGCCCUUUCCCCAUCAUCAGCAAUGCCGUCUCCAACAUCAUCUGUUCCCUUUGCUUUGGCCAGCGCUUCGAAUACAACAACAGUGACUUUAAGAAGAUGCUGCACCUCAUGUCUCGAGGGUUAGAAAUAAGCGUCAGUUACCAGAUGAUGCUCAUCAACAUAUGCUCUUGGUUUUACUACCUUCCCUUUGGGCUCUUCAAGGAAAUAAGACAAAUUGAAAAGGAUCUAACCGUUUUCCUGAAAGGAAUCAUCAGAGAACAUCGGGAGACCUUGGACGUGGAGAAUCCCCAGGACUUCAUCGACAUGUACCUUCUCCAUAUGGAAGAGGAGAUGAAGAGUAACAGCAACACUAGUUUUGAUGAGGACUACUUAUUUUAUAUCAUUGGAGAUCUCUUCAUUGCUGGCACUGAUACUACAACCAACACUUUACUCUGGUGCCUUCUAUACAUGUCAUUGAAUCCUGAGGUGCAAGAAAAAGUCCAAAAAGAAAUCGAAAAGGUCAUUGGUCCCGAUAGAGCUCCGUCCCUUACCGACAAGGUCCACAUGCCCUACACAGAAGCCACUAUCAUGGAGGUGCAGAGGAUGUCGGCGGUCGUCCCUUUUGGCAUUCCUCGUAUGACUUCAGAAAAAACCACUCUCCAAGGGUACACCAUCCCUAAGGGCACUAUGAUCAUAGCCAAUCUCUGGGCAAUACACAGAGAUCCUGCCAUUUGGGAGAAUCCCAAAAACUUCUCUCCUGAGCGAUUUCUCGAUGAAGAAGGACAACUUAUCAAAAGGGAACACUUCAUUCCAUUUGGGAUUGGAAAGCGUGUAUGCAUGGGAGAGCAACUGGCAAAAAUGGAAUUAUUCCUCAUGUUUGUAAGCCUUAUGCAAAAUUUCAUCUUUACUUUCCCCAAAGAUGCCAAGAAACCUAUCAUGCCUGGGAAGUUUGGCCUGACUUUAUCACCACAUCCAUUUAAUGUAAUUGUUUCUAAAAGAUGAAGAAAGACCCACGUUCUGUUCUAAGACGGUCUAUUUAAAAACAAAAUCCUUCUGAAAUGCUGGUUCUUCCUUCUAUAGCUACAAGCAACCAUUCUGAGGUUCAAAAGUUCUGAUUUGAAGUCAAAGAGGGAAGAAGAAAGGUAAAAGGCAAGAGUGAGAACUUGCCUCUCAAAGAGAAUACCUGGCUCUUACCCCAACCCUCAUCAGUCCGGUGACUCGGAUUUGUAAAUUUACAUACUGAACUGGGAAAGAAAAAAACAUGGCUUUUAAUCUGAAUGUUUGAAACGAAUACUUCUAUCACCUCCUUGUGCCUCAGCUUUCCCACAUGAAAAAUGGGAAUAAACUUCUUACAGUCUAAAGAUUAAAGGUUUGUUUUUUGUUGAAAUAAACUUUUAGGACAGCAUAGCAAGCUUCUUGAGGGUCGGAGCCAAAGGUAGGGUGGUCAUAACAGAUGAUGAGCUGUUUUGGUCAUAACAGAUGAUGAGAGAUUUAUCCAAACUUGAUCCAAAUUUUUUGUCUCAGGAUCCCUUUUACACCUUUAAAAAAUGAUUGAGGAAUUCCCAAAGAGCUUUAGUUAUGUGGAUUAUAUCUGUCAAUAUUUACUACAUUAGAAAUGAAAACAUCCCUUUUACACCUUUAAAAAAUGAUUGAGGAAUUCCCAAAGAGCUUUAGUUAUGUGGAUUAUAUCUGUCAAUAUUUACUACAUUAGAAAUGAAAACAUGUUCAUAUUAUUGAUGAAAAUUAUUUUGACCUCAUGAAUCCCCUGAAAGGGCCUUGGAGACCUCAAGGGUUCCCCCCUAAGUAUACUUUUAAAACAAUUUCUUUAGCGUGUAAAAGUAAUUUUGGAUGGAGCUUAAAAAGCUUGGAGGUCCAUUGGCUACACUUUAGACUUCUCCAGUCUAUAAGGCCGCAAUUUAAAUCUGUGUAACUGCCUGGGAAUGCCCAGUGUAUACAUGAAAUGACAAGCUCAGUUAAAGAACUAAACUCCAUGCAUGUCACAGAAUUUUCCUUCCUUUUGGGGUUUUUCCUCUGUAACCUCUCAGUUUGGUUUUCUUCUUGAAGGAAGAGUCACCAGUUCUAGUGUCAGAUUUUCCCCAUACUAGCGCCAUUUUCUUUUUCUCUUUGACUCCUUCCAAUGCACUCAACCUAAAUACCUUCAAAGGCUAAAAUCAAACAAUCCCCCCCCCCCCCCAAAGCAUUCCCAUUUUGCCUUCCUGGAAGCUGGCAAUUGGUACAGAAAAUGUCAUGUUCUAAAAGAACCCAGAUGAAGGAUUCCUAACCCACGGUCUGCCAAUGUGAAUGGGCAAGAAACAUUACAUCUUUAUUUAUCUAACCUUGGUUAUCCUUUGUAGUUGAUUUUAGGUACUUAAAACUAUUAUUUUGAGAAGUUGUGGAAAGACUUCACCAGGCUACCAUCACACCAAAAAAACAUUAAGAACUUCUGAGGUAGAUGGACUUAUUUGCAUUUAGUACUUAAAAAAAAUUAAAUCCAUACCUUCCAUCUUAGAAUCAACACUCUGUAUUGGUUCCAAGGGAGAAAAGCAGUAAAGGCUAGGCAAUGAGGGUUAAGUGACCUGCCCAGGGCCACACACAGCUAGGAAGUGUCUGAGAUUUGAAGCCAGGACCUCCCAUCUCUAGGCCUUGCUCUCAGUCCAUUGAGCCACCUGACUGGCUCCCAAUCUUUUUUUUUUUAAACCUUUCUCUUCCCUCUUAGAACUGUUACUGAGUGUCCCAGAUUUAAAGGCUAGGCAGUUGAGGUGAAGUAACUCACCUAAGGUGUCACAACCAGGAAUUACCUGAGGCCAAUAUUUAGUUCUUUUUGUUGAAUUCAAUAAAAUGGCUAAUUUUUUUUGAUGCAUCUACUUGGGAAAGUAUGGUUUUAUUCUAGUCUGUCAGCCUAGGUGGUAAGCAAAAUCCUUAGGGUAAAAUGCCAGCAUUUCAUUUUCCAUUGUAGGAAAAAAAAAUAAUUUUGGAGGAUAUUUUCUAGACUUCGAUAAAAGAGAUGGAGUAUUUUUUCCCUUUUCCAUUGCAAGUGUAGGAAUGAAUAAAAGAAUAAGUAUAGGGGGUGGUUAGGGUUCAGCGCCCCCCCAGUCUAGAAAAUCGGUGUGCGAUUUUUUUGGCCCUCCUGACCAUAGAAAAAGUCAGAAUUUUUUCUUUACCUUAUUGUAAAUUUUGGGUUCAAUCUGCAUUUCUGAAUUUCUAAACGUUUCUCAGGUCUGCUAUGUUGUUUUUGAUUCCAAAAAAUUCCUACUUAACUCCACGAUGCAGUGAAACUGUGAUGGAGAAAGGCACUUUGUAGACGAAAGAAUUUGCUUCUUUGUACAAAGCAUCAUGCUAAGUGCUGUGUAGACACAUAAAGAAACAAGACAGCUCCUACCAUUCUAAUGAGCGAGACAACCAACAUGGAAGCUUUUGGCUCCUAGUCAGAUGGAUCUGUAGUGGACAGCAGUAAAGUCAGAUGGUAACUACUGAUAAUUAAUUGAUGACCUACUCGAUUUGGAAUGGUAAUCGUUCCUAUUUGUAUAGAUCUGUACUUUAUUUCCAUGCAUUCAGGACAUUUGCUAAGCUCUUAUCCUGUGCAUGAAGAGGGUCAUGCUACAGUGGAAGGAAAUCUGGAAGCCCUGGAGCCUUCUUUUGCCACACAUCGCUGCCCAUGUGGCCCUAGUUAAGUCCUCCAAGUUCUCACUGUCCCAGCCCUAGGGGACUCUCACCCAUCCUGCAUUGAGAGAGCCAGUGAGCUAGAGAAGCUCUCCCUGAGAUCUCAGGAGGAUUCAAUGUAUGCAUCCAAUUGCACUUUGAAAAAUGGGUUUAAAACUCAUUCUCUGCUUAUGUUUCUGCGCGUUUUUACUUUUCCUUCUGGAUGACAUUGGCAUGUGAAUUUUCAUUAUUACUAGCCAAAGACUUUUUUAGCCUACUUUAUAUUAUAUGCUGCUUUGUGUGACUUUGCUGGUCGGGGCAGAGGUGAAAUUUUUGUUAAAAGUUUCAUUUCUCAAACUAGGUCCUUUGAAAAACGUAUUUGUAGAAGAAUUUGCUUAAAGAAUUUGUAAAGCAUAUUUUUUGCAUCGUCUUUGUAAAAGGGAAGCAUUUUAGGGUUUGUUUGAAUUCUAAAAUAAAUCACAAUUUCGCUUUGUCA